AUGGGUAACGCUGGAAAACUGAUUGUUGAGCAUAUUCCAAAAGCCUUCAGAUUCAUUGUGAAGUCUAAUGGUGCACAAGCAGUGCUGGACUAUCGAGUGUUGCCUAACAACAUAAUUGAAAUCUUUCAUACUGAGGUACCACCAGAAUAUCGCGGUAGGGGUAUUGCAAAACAGCUUUGUGAUAGCGCCUUCAAAUAUGCGGCUGACAACUAUUUAAAAGUGUAUCCAUCUUGUUCUUACGCAGAAAAAUACGCUAAAGAAACCAGCAACCAAGCUUUCAAGAAUCUCGUUGUUCAAAAUCCCAAAAUAGUUGGUUCGUAA